AAAGUAACUGCUCAUUCGUAGCGGAACUUUUGACGCGGUUGGAUUGACUUCACAGAACGGUCUGAGACGCGUUUUUUUUUAUUAAUGAAUAAGUAAUACAACAAAUAAUGCAUAAAUUCGAGUUGUAUGCGCGUGAGAGUGUGUGAAUUUGUUGAAUCAAAAUUGCAGACAGUGUUUUGCUAAGCCCAUGCCCAUGCCCUGGCCCCUGCCCGCAGAGGAGUGCCUGAAGCGACGAUCAUUCAUUAUUGCUUCUUCUUCUUUGCGACGUGUUUCGCUUACCUGUCAAAACGCGAGUGUAUUUGUGCUGUGGCUCUCGCGAUCGCCUCUCUCCCUCUCUCUCUCUGCCUGUGUGUGUGUGUGUUUCUCUUUUUGCGCAUGCAAAAAGGCGGCGGCUUCAACAACAACCGCUUCUUGGAGAGCUUUCAAGUCGAAGUUCUUUAGCGGACCUGCGUCGGCGUCGCCGUCAUCGGCAACAGGUUAGCCCGCGCGGACAGCGCAGCAGCAGAGGCGGCCGUGUACAGAUUGGAACACUUUUCGACCCCCAGCCAUGGACUAUAGCAGCACAAAGAAAAGAGUUUCACAGAUUGAAAUGGACUUAUAAGAUGUAUAAUUAAAUUGGUUUGGAUCUCACUUCGAAUGUCUAUCGAUCGUUAUGCUGUACAGUAAAACAUGGCUAAGUCGACACUCUAUGCUGCUGGUGUGACCUGUCUGGGCUUCGUUUGCUUCGCCUUGGCAUCUGUGGCCAUUGGGAUACCCAUCUGGGGUUACUACGAUAGUCCAUCGGGUGGCUAUGACUUUGAUCGGGGAUACUUUGGACCGUUUAAGGUCUGCAAGCAAUUGACUUACAAUCGCGAGAAGUGCGGCAACGAUGUCUCCAAGUUUCGGCUAAGCAAUGCCGUCUUUGUCAGCGGCCUGCUGGCCAUCGGGAGCUCAGCCCUGCUGGGCAUCUUCUGCAUUUUGUCGGUCAUUCAGCACGCGAUGAUCUCGUCCAGGGAGAAGGUGGUCAUGCCUUACACAACGCUGGUGAUAGUGAAGCUGAUAUUUUCGCUGCUGGGAGGUGUACUGGCCAUCAUAGCCACUAUUCUGUUUGCCCUGCAAAUCGAUGAACAGGAGCGUUUCGGUUUCAAGAUAUCGCGUGGCAUAUCCUUCUACAUACAGAUCGUUGCCAUCGUGCUGUCCAUUGCCCUGUUUGUGGCCGCCCUGUACGAUGUGAUCUACUCGCGCAGCCCCGGCGGCGACCCCACCAUGGGCCUGGAUGCCGUCUCGCCGGCCAGCGCCACCACCUUCAACAAUCCGGGCUUUAAGGAGCCGCGCAGCCGCAACGGGGUCUCGGUGACGGAUGCCUCGGGCAAGCCGUACAGCGGCAUCAGGAACGGGGCCGGAACUGCGGGCAGUGUGGCCUCCAUGAGCACCACGGUGACGAGCGUCUCGAACGGCUCCACCCUCGACUCGGUCACGCGAUCGCCGCUGCGGUCGAGCCUCAAGAAGCCCCGCCCGCGUCCCGAUCCCACGCUGGGCAUACAGAAUCCGGGAUAUUCGGGCUCUGGCAGCUCGCCGCCCAUGCGGCGUAACGGCAGCGUGAAGAAGGUCCGCAUUCAGACGCACAGCACCGAGGUGUAGGAUCCAUAGACCACCCAUGAAUGGGUGGCCGCCCCCGGCCCCCUGCCCCCUGCCCCCAGUUAAGGAUUAAGUUCACACAAGCAAAAAAAAGAAAAACAUUUACAAAGACUGUGUACAGUAGCAAAAAAAAAACAAAAAAAGAAAGGAAGAAAGAUAGGAAGGAAGAAAGGAUAAAAAUUGUUAGAUUUCCCUGAUUAGUUACGGAAUAUUCCUUUUCAUUUGUCUUCCAAAAAGAUUCGCAUUCGCAGCAUUCGAUUUGGCACAGACGACAGUCUCUUCUGUAAGCAACGGUUUCCGUCCAUGGGCAAGGCGAGAGUAUUUAAUAGAGACCCCCCUCCCAACUCCCCCUAUGAUUUUCCUUAUAUGCGAGUACAUAUAUGUAUAUGGGAUCCAUCUCCCCAAGUGCCCUUACGACCACGCCCAGUCCCGCGCACUCGAAGGAAAGACAUGAAUAGCCUCCUCCUCAACAAUCCAUUUGCAAUAUUCUCAUUUAACGAAACCCCCCCGUACCACAUAGGCAUGAUAAAGCAGCAUUUGUAAAAUACAUAAACAUAAACAUAAACAUCGGAUUGACACAAAUUGUUAUUGAUAGUUAAGUUUAAGUCACGACUAAUCGAAAGAGUUUCAAAAUGCAUUCGGUAGCCGUACGAUGUUAUUGUUAGCAGUACUUUACUUUCACGAUUGUUGCGACGAAAUUUCACCACUGGAGGACACUCGGAUUAACUAAGCUAAGCUAAGCUUUUUUUUGUUUAGUUCUUUGUAAUCCAAUCGGAAAAAGUGUUUCGUGUUUUUCUCUGUAAGUUAAUUACUAAACUAAAUCGAAGGCGAUAAUAAAUAA